AUGCUAGGCAAACCAGUUAAAAUAAGAGGAGGAAGGAAGACUCCAGUCACAAAGAACGCCGAGAUACACAGCCUGUUCGAGCUGUUCAGCGCAGUGGCCAGAAGAACCACGCACCCAGAGUACAGAAAGAUAGCACACUUUAUAAAGAAGCCAAUCACACAGAGAUCUGUUAUGACGAUGAAGAACUUGGUAAAGUACACAGCCCCGUGCCAAGACAAGCUGGCUGUUGUAGUUGCAAAAAUAGUGGGAGACGACAGCGUGGUGGAGCUUUCCUGGCCUAUUAGAGUUGCGUGUCUGGGAAUCUCGCAGAAGGCAAAGGAAAAGAUAGAGAAGUUUGGCGGACAGGUCUACAAGCUUGACGAGAUAUUUAAGGUCGCCCCAACGCCAAGCGACAUGGUCAUUUUCCAGGCUCCUCAGAAGAUAAGAAAGCAGUACCAGUACUUUGGAGCAGCAAGCAACAGCGCAAACCCGGCAAGGCCGCGUGUCAUUUCAAAGGGCUCGGAGAAGAGAAAGAGAAGAACACAAUAA